AUGAAGAAGGCUCAUGCCCGUCCAUCUCUUGCAUUUGGGGUUUCCAGAGGCAUUAAAGAAUCUUUCUUUCAUGGUAAACCCAAUCAAAAGGGAAAGGCCCUACUUAUGAUGGGGGGAGUCGAAGUGUCCAUGGUAGGCGAUGAAUGGAGGAGUCGAUCAAGGCAGUCGGAUAUCAAUAAUCACUUACCCUGCGUUAGUAGAGCUGGUAUCCUAUUAAACAUGGUAAGCCCGACCCUCACUGAAACCCGGGAAUCCUCCCUUUUUAGGAGUCAGAAGUCCUCUCUAGAUGCGGAAGAGCUACUAUCAGGAGAGCUCCUAGGCAAGCAAAAGAGAGACUGA